AUGACGGAGGAGGAAGAUGGCGACGUCUGCCUCGAGGCUAUGCCUACAUCAGAUGCUCUUCAUGAGCUGGACGAGAUAUCUCUUGAAGAGCCCGGCAGUGUCUUGAAAGCAGGCGAUCUGGCCGAAGUGGUCAUUGUACGACCGGACGAGGAGAUAAAAUUGUCACCGCUUCUGGAUGAAGCUGUCUUGGGGGGGACCAAGAGAGUGCUGGAACGCACGAAGUGGAUCAUCAAUUCUACGGAAUCCCUUGGAUCCGUACUAUCCUUUAAAAAGGGAUUUCAAGACGUCGUCUCCAAAGACCCGCCUUCAGUCCUACUUCCGGACCGAGAUGUGCGUCAUGACAUCGACCUGGUUCCGGGAACCAAAUACUGCGUUGUGCUGUCAGCCAUUGCUGUCUGGGUAUAA